CCCGCCAAAAGAUGGAGCCGCUAGCAACCAGGAAUCCAUUACUUUCUUCGCCUUCUCACUGAUCGAGGGCUACAUCUCCAUCGUCAUGGAUGCAGAGACCAAGAAAAAGUUCCCCAGUGACCUGUUGUUGACCAGUUCCUCAGGAGAACUCUGGAGGAUGGUAAGAAUUGGUGGACAGCCGCUGGGCUUCGAUGAAUGUGGGAUCGUGGCCCAGAUUGCUGAACCGCUGGCCAGCGCAGACAUCUCUGCCUAUUACAUCAGCACCUUCAACUUCGACCACGCCCUGGUUCCAGAAGAUGGCAUUGACGAGGUCAUUGAAGUGCUCCAGAAACGCCAGGAGGCUGGGAGAUAACCCCCUGGGCUCCCUUGGUCUCCGGCGUGAGUUUCAGAAGCCAAACUGAUGGAUCUGGUCCAGCGCUUACUCCCCAUGGAUGUUCCUGGAGAGAGAGAGGGAGGGAGAGAGAGAGCGAGCAUGGCAGCCCAGCUUCUCUGCAAGCCAAAUUAUCUUUCUGGGGACUCGUAUUAGCAUGGAGGACACUCCUAAGGUUCUCACCUGAGGAUACCUUCCAUUUCUCCCAGGGGAGAAACAGGUGCCUUAUUGUUUGAUUGACCCAACAGGGAUGGGAUUCUCUAGAUUUCAGUGUUAACUUCCUUCUUCUGGUUCCCUUAGCUGUCUUGGUGGUCCUUGAUUAUCUGCUUUUCUCUAGAGACCCUCAGACUAAUUCCCAUACACGAUGGACCUGCUCCUUGGUCGAGAGGGAGAGGUAUCUUCUCAUCCUCUAAUUUUGCACAUAUUCUGAGAUUUCUAAAAGCAUCCUUGGGGGCGGGAUUAGAAUUUGCACACCAUGCCCCACAAGGAAAAGACGAUGUCCUCCAGAAGCAAUGUUCUCCAGAUGAUUGCUUGAGGGCCCUCAAGAGAUGAUACACCCCAAUGUAUCUGGAGGACCAAACCGCCCUGGGUCCCCCUUUUUUUUUUCAGUGCACGAUGUUAAGAGUAGGAAACACUGGGUUUUAAUUUUGUUUUUGAAUUUAAACAUUCCUGGAAGAGUGACCAAAAGGAGGAGAGAAGAGAGAGAACUUGGGAUGUCCUCGAUGUCCUUAGUUCUGUGGCUGCUAAAAGGAGAGAAAUAAGCUUAUUUUCGGUGCUCCUGCGACUUCCCUUCCUUCCUUCUGGUCCCAUGGGGUCCGGUGAGCAGUAUUACGACCGACAUGAAUCUGAAACAUUAGCUGUCCAAUAUUUUUUUGGGGGGUGAGGGGGACAGGUUAAGAUUGGGGGGGGAAACGUGGGUCGAAAAAGCUCCCUGCUUUUUGGAAGCCUUGAUGCCUUCAAAGUGCCUUUUUCUUCUUAAGCUUUCUUGAAUGACAAAACGAUCGUUUAAGCUACCGUCUUCACCUGGUACGAAAAUCAUAACCGCCUGGGAAAUGAAGAACUCACAAAGUGUGUCUUUUUUGUACGGAGCGUGGGAUGGAAGUAGAGAAAGUCCCAUCAGGGUGUUGGGUGACACGCGGGCUGUCCUUUUCCUUUCCACCCCUUGGAGACCUCUUGUGAUGUCUCCCCUUGGAGACCAGCGAGAAGGUUGAGUUUAGAUGCCUUAUCGCCUCACACGCCUCCCGCUCGGAAGAGAAGGAUUGUCGUUGUGUCGCCAUCCUAGUGUUUCUGCUUCCCCCUGGCUUUUCUUAGC